AUGGCGGGUGACUCAGCCGAUCAAGGUCAGGGCGAUGCACAGCUGAUCCAGGAGGUUGAGUGUCUGAAAAGAAAGCUUGAGGACGAGCGCAAUAAGCUUUCUGAUGAAGACCUUGUCACAGCUAGUCAGCACCUAGAUGCAGUGCCAUCUUUAAACAUUCGGUUACGACGGGUACUUAAAGGUCAUCAGGGUAAAGUAUUGAGUCUCUCGUGGUCUUUAGAUAAACGGCACAUAGUAAGCUCUUCACAGGAUGGAAAAAUUCUAGUUUGGGAUGGUUUCACUACAUCCAAAGAAUACUCAAUAUCAAUGCCUACCACCUGGUUAAUGUCAUGUGCAUACAGUCCUUCCGGAGGCUUCAUCGCCUGUGGUGGCCUUGACAAUAAAUGCACAGUUUACCCACUUCUUUCGGAGGAGGACCCCAUCCUCAAGAAAAGGCUUGUAGCAACGCAUACUUCAUACUUAUCCUGCUGUUUAUUCAACAUAUCUGAUCACCAGCUCCUUACAGGUAGUGGAGACAGUUCAUGUGUCUUAUGGGAUGUUGAAUAUGCACAAAUAAUACAAAGUUUCUAUGGUCAUUCUGCGGACGUGCUAAGCAUUGCACUAUCACCAUCAGAAUUCGGAAAAACAUUUGUUUCUGGGGGAUGUGACAGAUGUGCUAACGUCUGGGAUAUGCGCACUGGACAGUGUGUUCAGGUAUUCCAAGGUCAUGACUCUGAUGUCAACAGUGUCAGGUUUUUCCCUAGCGGUGAUGCGUUUGCCACAGGCUCAGAUGAUGCAACCAUCAGAUUAUUUGAUCUGCGCGCUGAUCGUGAAGUUUGUGUAUACAAAAAGGAUAGUGUCAUUUUCCCAUGCAAUGCAGUUGACUUCUCUCUAAGUGGUCGCCUAUUGUUUGGUGGUUAUAGUGAUCAUGCUGUGAAUAUCUGGGAUGUACUCAAAGGUCAACGUAUUAGUAUUCUCUAUUGUCAUGAAAAUCGUAUUUCAGCCUUACGUGUCAGCCCAGAUGGAACAGCUAUAUGUACUGGGAGUUGGGACACAACUUUACGGAUUUGGGCGUAAAAAUUUCUUUGUUUAUUUUACGGGAAAAAUAAAUUUCAUGAAUAUAUGAACUCGUUUUAUAAUAUACAUUCGUAUUACCUGACAUUUUAAAAUAUUGACUUACUUUAUUCUUGCAUUUAUUAGAGUAAACACGAAUCUUUAUUUAUUUCAAGUAUUUUCCUUUUAUUAUUUGUUCACAUUUUUAAAAGCUCUCUACGUGUGAUAAUUUACUUGUUUUAUGCGUGUUAUUUCUUCUGUGUAUAUAUUUUAUUUAACUUUCUUUUUCUUCUUCUUCUUCUUCUUAUUAUUAUUAUUAUCAUUAUUAUUAUUAUUAUUAUUAUUAUUAUUAUUAUUAUUAUUAUUAUUAUUAUUAUUACUAGUUCUCUGUGUUUAUUAGAUAAACUUACCAUAUUAUGUAAUGCAUAAAUUUGUUAAAAAGCAGCAUGUUUUUUGUUUUGUGGAGAUAUACAAUAAUUAUGAAUAGUUGAAAUUUGCUUUUUUGGAAUGGGACAUUCAAUAGUUUGGGCGUCUAUGUGUUAAUUCACAUGAAAUUUUUUAUUUUCACUUUUAUUAUUGUUUUUCUUGGUAUCACUGUGAUCAAGCACGUUAUUGUUUUAAUGUAUUUAAUACUAAUAAUUGACGAACCAUGUUUUAGACAUACUUUUGUUUAAUUCAUUAUUUGUGAUUUUACUGUUUCAAUGUUGAGUUUUAAUUCUUGUUCUAAAAUACGGUAACAGGCAUUGAUAAAUAUAUAUCAAUUACGACUAUCAAAGAUAGAUUAUUGAAACUAUAUUGUGAUCUCCUGUGGGAAUGAAUAGUGUAAUAAAUAAAUGAUUUCCGAGUACUGUGUUAAUAUAAAAAUAUGGUAUGAGAAUAUAUGAACUCCCUUAAGAACUUAUAUUGAUUAGUGUUAUUUAUUGAAUGAUGUUUAAAAAAAUCGUUAUUUGUAAUUUUACCAAGUUAGUAAUUCAACUACCAGUCGUACGAUUCAUUGUUAUUUUAUUUCCACCAAAUUAAACUUCUAGUAUCCUCUGAUUGCAAUUUCACUGAAUGUUGACUUAACAGUCGACAUAUACUUUGGACAACCAACAAUUUGUUUUUCCUACUGCUUACGACAUUAUAUAUAUAGGAAGAGAUCAAUUCUCUGUAAUGUUUUUCUAUUCCUCUAGUUUUAUGUACCAAGUUUACUUACUGUAGUGAUAUAACUGAUUCUAUGCACCUAGUCUGUGUAAUUUACAUGACCUAAUUGUAGUCACAUGAAAUUUCAAUGAUUCAAAUACUUUUUCCGUGUUAACAUAAUUAUACUUACCCUGGUAAUUGUUCACAUGAAUUUCCAGUAACUGGUCAGUCGUACUCACUGCCUUUUCGCGGCAGUGAUGCUGUUGACGAAAUUGAGGGGAUGAAAAGCGAAUAUCGGGCGCUUUAAGCGGGUUUGUGGAUACGAUGAAUUCACCUAGGGGAGUUGGAAGACCCUAAUCCCAGACCAAUGGUGCACAUGGGCUCCAGGGUCGUGAAGGAACAAUGGGACUGCAUCUCCUUACGUUGCUCCAUUGUCCU